AUGAGGAGCGGAAGUUUGAUGUGGGCGUUUGCGGCGGGUCAAGGGGGCGCCCCCAAUGGAAUAUCCACGGUGGCCGACGGGCCGAUGGGAAAGGGGUUUGAGGCGGUGCACGACAGAGACCGCCUGCGCGUCGUGAGCCUACUGGGGAGAAUCCAAAAUUCCAGAUCAACCCCUGAUACAGUGUGGCAGGCUCAGCUGAACGGACAGCCGGCAGUGGCUUGGCGCAUCCUUCGAGCGUGCUUAGACUGGAACUAUCGCACUUUGCGACUAGCUCAACCACAAUUCCGAAUUGGCAUCGCUUUCACCCUCCUGCGGUGUGUCGUUGCGCCAGCCCUGCUGGCAUUCUUGUGCAAAAGACCGCAAGGCAGACUCCGCUCUGGUCAAGAAGAAUUCAAGCGAUUUCCUUUCCUGGGUCUUCUCAUCCAGCCUUGCCGAGUUAUCAUCAAAAUCGCGCAGGACAAGCGCUUGCCGCCUAAAAACGGGCAGAAGUUUCUUUUUCCGUUCCAAGCACCGCUGUCUGGGGAUUCACGCCCGAAGGGCAAAUCAGAAUGGAUCGCUCGCUUUUGA